AUGGAUGAAAGUAAACAAUUAUCACCAGAUACAACAAAUCAAGAUAAAACAACCAAAAAGAGAAAGAAAGGUUUUUUAGAUGAUGAUUUCUUCUCAUUAAGUGCUUCAUUUGAUAAAAAACCAAAAAAGAAGAAGAAAAAAGAACCUAAAUUGCAACCCAAAUUAAAAACCAAUAAUGCUGCAACAACAACAACAACAAUUUCUCCAACUAUACCACAAGAAUUCAAACCAGAAUCAAAUGAAGCCAUAAAUGGUCUUAGUCAAUCACCAAUGGAACCAAAUUUCACAGAUAAAUCAAAUUCAAAUACUUCAUCAAUACUACCAUCAUCAAUAUCCGCACCCCCAAUAGAUAGACAAAAAAUACGAAGAGAAAUAGAAAAGAAAAUAAAUGCAGAACAAAAACAUUUUGAUUCAAUAAGUAGUGAUUCAGAAGAUGAUGAUUUAUUUGAACAAAUCUUAAAACAACAAUCAAUAAAAAAGAGUCCCUCAGUUACAAUUGAUCCAAAAGUAUAUACUUUCGAUAAUGAAUCAGAACGGAAACGGAAAUAUACACUUAGAGUGACCUCAAAAUUACCUGUCCCGGGUGAUUCAAAUUCUUUAUUUCAAGUUGAUUUUGGAGUUGGAGGAUUAAAAAAAUUUGAUAAGGUUUUAACUACUGCUGUUUCAUUUUUUAAAAAUAAGUUUAAGGAUAUAUUACUGCCUAUUCAUUUAUCAAGGUAUGAUGUGAAUCAAAAUGAGUUAAUUUGGUGUGAGGGAAAAGUAUUAGUAAAGAGAUUUUACACACCGAAAACAUUUAGGAUAUUACCUAAUGGUGGAAAUUUUGAUCCUGAGAUAGAUAAUAUUGAAUUAGUUACACCAACAUUGCUUAAUUUUUAUCUUGUUUCAAGUGACGUUAAGAAUAAUUUUCAAUAUGUGUUUCCCGAAUUAAAUACAAGAUUAAAUAGUGAAAAUACAUUUGAAGAAGAAGAAGAGAAAGAAGAAGAACAAAUUGAAUCAAGUUCCGAUGAUGAUGAAUUUGAUGAUGUUGCAAUGGAAGAAACUAAAGACGUAAUUAAUGUAGAUGAUGAAAGUGAAGAAUUUUUUAAAAUUGGAUUGAAAGGACAAGAUAAUAAAAGAUUGGAAGUUAAAGUUAAUCCGAAGACUAAAUUGAUGAAUUUGUUGGUUUAUUAUUUAAAACAAAAGAAUAUUGAUCAGGGUAUAAUUGGAAAAGGAAAAGUUAAAAUGAUAUUUGAUGAUGAAGCUAUGAAUUUAAAUGAAACUGUUGGUGAUACUGAAUUAGAAGAAGAUUUUGAAAUUCAAAUAGUAAUUAAAAACUAA